AUGAUUGAUGACUCUUCAAAUCAGACUAUGGUGGCCUACUUUAUUAUUCAAGGCAUAUCAGAUGUACCGGAGCUGCAACUUCCAAUUUUCCUCCUUGUUCUCUUGAUAUAUCUUGUAACUCUUGGUGGUAACAUGACCAUUCUCCUGCUGGUAUGUUUAGAUCAUCGUCUCCACUCUCCCAUGUACUUCUUCUUGGCCAACUUGUCUAUUGUGGACAUGUCUUCCUCAACUAUCUCUCUACAUAAGGUUCUCCUUAUCUUCAUCUCAGGGAAUCGUGCAGUUUCCUUUAAUGGUUGCAUCCUCCAUAUAUACUUCUUUGCCUCCAUUACUGGUCAUGAACUUUUUAUCCUGUCAGUGAUGAGUUAUGACCGAUAUGUGGCCGUCUGUAACCCUUUGCGUUAUCAUUCAGUCAUGACCAGAGGACUUUGCAUUCUCUUGGCUUCUUGCUGUUGGAUGUUGGGUUUCUUGCUGAUUAUUCCUCCAGUUGUUAUUGUAUCCGGCUUUACUUGUUAUAUUUCCAACCACAUUGACCACUUUUUCUGUGACAUUGGGUCCAUCGCAAGGUUGACCUGCAGUGACACCUCAAUACUGGAGAUCCUGACCCUCACUGAGGGAUUAAUAGUUUCCACCCUCCUGCCCUUCUUUUUGACUUUUAUACCCUACGUUUUCAUCAUUUCAGCCAUAAUAAAGAUCCCAACGAGAACAGGGAGACGAAAGGCGUUCUACACAUUCUCCUCACAUCUGACAGUAGUGGUAAUUCUCUAUGUCAUCCUGACCUGUCAGUACAUAUUACCGGUCACAGUGAAUGCUACAGACAAAAAGUUUUUUGCACUUUUUAACACAGCUGCUGUACCAAUGCUGAAUCCACUGAUCUACAGCCUAAAAAACAAAGACGUAAAGUCUGCUCUGAGAAGGUGGUUUAUGAAGAGCAGAAUCUAG